GUUUAAUAAAGAGGAGUUUGAAGAAAUAAAGAUUGAAGAAACAUCCAGUGUGAAACAUUAAGAAACUGAGGAACAAACAGACCUAAUGGCACUGAAAGAGAUGAGUCAUGAACUUAAUGAAAGGCAAGAAGAGGAAGAACAUUAUUAUAAACAUCAUUUCAUGACUGGGGAAAGAGCAACACAGGGUUCCUCACAAAAAAGAGUUAAAAAGACUGGAACUAAAAGUUUUUUCACCUGCCAACAGUGUGGAAAGAGUUUCACACGUGAAGAAAGCCUUAAAGUCCACAUGAGAAUUCACACUGGAGAAAAGCUUUACACCUGUCAAGAGAGUGGAAAGAGUUUCAGUAGAAAUGAAAACCUUACAGCCCACAUGAGAGUUCAUACUGGAGAAAAGAUUUACACCUGUCAAGAGUGUGGAAAGAGUUUCAGUAGAAAAGGAAACCUUGAAAACCACACGAGAAUUCAUACUGGAGAUAAACCUUUCACCUGCCAACAAUGUGGAAAGAGUUUCACACGUGAAGAAAGCCUUGAAGACCACGUAAGAAUUCACACUGGAGAAAAGCUUUACACCUGUCAAGAGAGUGGAAAGAGUUUCAGUAGAAAUGAAAACCUUACAACCCACAUGAGAGUUCAUACUGGAGAAAAGCUUUACACCUGUCAAGAGUGUGGAAAGAGUUUCAGUAGAAAAGGAAACCUUGAAAACCACACGAGAAUUCAUACUGGAGAUAAACCUUUCACCUGCCAACAAUGUGGAAAGAGUUUUAGACAUAAAGGAAGCCUUAAAGACCACAUGAGAAUUCACACUGGAGAGAAGCCUUACACCUGCCAACAGUGUGGAAAGAGUUUCACACGUGAAGAAAGCCUUAAAGUCCACAUGAAAAUUCAUACUGGAGAGAAACCUUUCGCCUGCCAACAAUGUGGACAGAGUUUCAGACAUAAAGGUAGCCUUAAAUACCACAUGAGAAUUCACACUGGAGAGAAGCCUUACACCUGCCAACAAUGUGGAAAGAGUUUCAUACGUGAAGAAAGCCUUAAAGUCCACCUGAAAAUUCAUACUGGAGAGAAACCUUUCACCUGCCAACAAUGUGGAAAGAGUUUCAGACAUAAAGGAAGCCUUAAAGACCACAUGAGAAUUCACACUGGAGAGAAGCCUUACACCUGCCAACAGUGUGGAAAGAGUUUCACACGUGAAGAAAGCCUUAAAGUCCACAUGAAAAUUCAUACUGGAGAGAAACCUUUCGCCUGCCAACAAUGUGGACAGAGUUUCAGACAUAAAGGUAGCCUUAAAUACCACAUGAGAAUUCACACUGGAGAGAAACCUUUCACCUGCCAACAAUGUGGAAAGAGUUUCACACGUGAAGAAAGCCUUAAAGACCAUGUGAGAAUUCACACUGGAGAAAAGCUUUACAUCUGUCAAGAAUGUGGAAAGAGUUUCAGUCAUAAAAGAAGCCUUAUAGUCCACAUGAGAAUUCACACUGGAGAGAAACCUUACACCUGCCAACAAUGUGGAAAGAGUUUGAGACAUAUAAGAAACCUUAAAGUCCACAUGAGUAUUCACACUGGAGAAAAGCCUUACACCUGCCAACAGUGUGGAAAGAGUUUCAUUCGAAAAGAAAGCCUUAAAGACGACAUGAGAACUCACACUGAAGAAAGGCAGGAACACACCAAGCCGACAGUCAAUUGUCGGGUAGUUUUUGUACGGCCGACUAAGGCUAUGUCCACACGAAGCCAGAGCUUAUCCUAUCCAAUCUUUUUUUUUUUUUCUUGUCUCCAGAAAUGUCUGCGUCCAAAAAAUGUCAAAACUAAUCAAAAUAAUGUAGUAUACAUGCCAGACCAGUAUGUGGUGCUGUAAUUCUGCCACAGAGAUACACUUAAAGCAGCGAAUAAGACUUAGAGCAUGAGCAUAAACCUUGCGCGCUGAAUACAAACUAUAGUGAAGAUUAAAAAUAAUGCUUUAUUUUGGCUCAGUAGCUUCUUCAGCAUGAACACAAACAUCUAGAGUCUGCUAAUGCUGUUGUUGAUGUUUUGUGCUGUUAGCGGCGUCUGACUAGGGUCAACACGUGGGGUGAUGACAUCAUCAUUUCUCAAAAUAUACGGAUAGGCUGUACACACAAAAACGUAAAGAUGGCAUUUUCAGAUUUAUCCACUCUGGGAGCGGGUUUCAAAAAGUAGCGGUUUUACCUUCCGAAAAUGAUGGAUCCAUGUGGACAAAAUGCCUAUCGGAUACAAAAUUUGUGCAUAUUCACAAAAACAUGUCUCCAUGUGGACUGGGCCUAAGUUUUCUCAGUGUGUUCCACACCGUCGGCUGAAGUUGGUCCUCGUUGGCUGUUUUUUUUUUUUCUGGCCGAUUCGACAUGUUGAAUCAGCAUCGGAGCUCCUCGGUCCAUCUGAUCAUUCUGAUUGGCUGUUCAGAUACUGCCACCUGCUGGUUUGGAAAGGCAUCUCAUCUUACGCAGGCGAAGUCUGCUUUCAGCACCACUAGUUUGUCGGUGUCGGCUUGGUGUGUUCCUGCCUUUACACCUGCACUCUGUGUGUGAAUGGCUUCACACAGGAGUCAUUUACAUGUGGUCAGUGUGGAAAGAGUUUCAUAUUUAAAGGGGACCUUAGGGUCCACAUGAGGAUUCACUCGAAAGAGAACGAUUUUAGAAGUCGUACCUGUGGUAACUGUGCCUGAAAACCAUUCUUAAAUAAAAGUACACAUACUUUACAAUGAAAAUGACUCUGUUACAAGUUAAAAGUGACCAAUUCUAAGACAACUUGAGUAAAAGUCUUAGAUGAUCUGAUUUUAACUGUACUUAAUUAUUUUACUCAUGUUGAAUUUAGGCUUGAAGAUGCACUAGUCCUGACACUAGUCCAGAAAUGCCAUUGAAAAUAAGAAAAAGUUGGCAAAGUGCCUGAUAUUCUAGGGUAGUCCCUCCAUGUAAGCAUUAUGUUUAAUGUACCUGGAACACUUUAAUAAGGUUGUGUAGAAAUUAACACUAUCCUGAAGACUAUAGUUAACAUGAACUAACAAUACUUUAAAAGCCUUUUCAAAUUUUGGCUUAUGUAAUUUUCAACAAAUUCCAAUUUUUAUGCCAUUAAAGUAAAGUAAUGUGGCAUCAUAAAGAACUAACAUUAAAGGGUCAUGAAACCCCAGAACACAUUUUUUGAGCUGUGAACAGAUAUGUAUAGGCUGUACAUCAUUGAAAACACAAAAGGUACUCAUUAAUUUUAUUUAAAAGUUUAAAUUAAUUAUUUUGCAUUUUUUUAGAGCGAUUUCUGUCUUCCGGUUUGAAAAGCAAAGUUGGAGCAACCUCACAAAUUGCAGGAGUUUGGAUGCAUGUGGAUUGUUUUGCUGUACCAGCACAAAUGGAAAAUAUGUUUGCAUAAGAUCACAUUAAAGCAUAGAAUUCAAAUGUCA